ACCAACCCCUCCAACCCACAGCCCGAGAAAACUCUGUAGUAGUGUCUGAAAAAUUCUGCAAUCCAAAUCGACAACCCAAACAUGCUUCUUCAUCACUGAUACUCGCCCAAUUUCACCAAAUACCCAUUUUACAGCGAAAAGAUUUGAUCUUUUUUUAUGCUCCGGCUUCUCAAUUUACUGCCUUGAAUAAACCCUAAUUUGAUUUGAUUUUAUACUGGUGUUCAUGCCUUCUUUUUUAAUCGAACCCUUUUUCCCUGUAAAGUAAAACCCACCAAACUAAUCCCAAAAUCGCACUCCAUUAAUUUGGACUUUGAAGUAACCAACAGCCUGAGGAAGAAGAAAAGUGGAAAAGGGCACUCCAUACCAUAGAAAGUUCUCUGGAGAGUACACUUUACUGUCGUUAGCUAAUUUUGCAGAUCUGUGAGUGUGUUUUAAGAGAAGGGUUUUGGUUUCUCCUCAACUAAACUAUCAAUUGUUCAGUAACCAUCGAUAAAAGAGGAUUCAAGAUUCUUCAUUUUUCUUUUCCAUAGCUUCUGCAAUUGCUGUUGUUUUUAGUUUCCAAAUGGAUAGAAGAAAAGGGUUGGUAGUGUAGCAACUAAGAUCAUCAAUUUUCUCAAUUUUCCUUGUAUGUUUUUUUGUUUCUUGGCUUGGCAUUGAAGUGAAAAAGGAAAGAUAUCGAUUAGGGAAGGAUGAUUCCAUUGUUCUUUUUGGUGGUGUGUGGUGAGGGUGUGGUGGCAUUUCUUCUAAUGGUGAAGAUAGGGCCAUUGAGGGAUUUGGUGAUAAAGGGUUUGGAUCAAGUGAAAAUGAGAAGGGCCACAGUGACAACCAUUUCUGGCACUAUAUUUGUGAUUCUGUUGUCGGAUUUGUUCAGUAUGCUUAAGAUUCAGAAUAAGGGUGCUAAGCAUGGAACUAUGACACCUAUGGAUCAGGUUCUUUGGAGGACCAAUUUGUUGGAGGCUACACUUAUGGGUUUUUCUCUGUUUCUCGGAUUCUUGAUCGACCGGAUGCACCAUUACAUUCAAAAGCUGAUCAAACUAAGGGGCAAUACCGGAGCUUCAAAGCAAGUAGUCGAAAGUCUUGAAAAGGAGAAAUCGGAGCUGAAGGAGAAGGAAGAAAAGGCUACCGGGGAUGUUAAGCGACUGCAAAAGGAAGUUUCUAGAUUGACCGAGACUUUGAACAAGCUUAAGGCGGAGUCAACCGAGAAAGACAAGAAAGUCGAGACUGCAGAAGCCCACGUCGCUUCCCUGCAGAAACAGGCUGCGGAUUUGCUUCUUGAAUAUGACAGACUUUUGGAAGAGAACCAAAAUCUUCAGCUUGGAUUCCGAGGUUGAGAGUAAACUUUUUUAAAGACAAAUGACAGACAAUGAAGGCGUGUUUGUUGUGGAGAACCGUCGAUUACUGGUUUGGAUUGGCCAGGGAUUGCUGGAUGGUUUUGAUCCAUGACAUUUUGUUUUGAUCGAUCAAACUUUUAGAUUUUCUUGAUGCUAAUCAGUUCAAUUGAAACUCAUGCUGUUUUCUUGCUGCAGGACAAGACCUGAUAGAACAGAGUAAAGUAGAUUUGUCUCUUUCGUCAUGAAAAUUAAGGAAAAUGUAGAACAAACACAAUUGCAAGAUUAAAACUAGAAGAAAUGUUAACACAUGUAUAGGCUGAGCGUAAAGAGCAAGGUUUAAAGGUGUCGGGGAGAGGUUUAUAAAUAGCAAAGGAUAAUGCCAGUGAAUCAAAACCAUUGAGUUAAAACAAACACAAACCA